CAUCUCGGAGUGAAGCACUAACUGAAUGCACAGAUGCAAUGAAUUAUAUGAUUUAAAAUGCUAUUAUUGCUCAUCAUUCAUGAUUCUUGAGCUGAAACUUAACAAUUAGCUGACCAUGACUGUGUCUACAUUGUGUUUUGAAUUGGUAAUCAUACUGUUUCUAGCCUCUCAACACCAAUGUAAUGGAAUGUGUGAAGCAGGAUUUUACAAAAAAGGACAUGACUGUUCAGAGUGCGAGAACGGUACUGAUUAUACUGCCUUUCGAAACACUCAUAGUGGCUGUAAAACAUGUACUCAAUGUGAUUUUGCUGCUAAUCAAGUAGAGGAUAGGCCCUGUACAACAAAACAGGACAGAGUCUGUGGAUGUAAACCUGGUUAUUACAAAAGUGAUCCUGACAUCUGUAAACCCUGCAAUAUAUGCAGAAACUGCACAGAAUGUUUAAACUGUGGAGAGAAAUGCAACCAACAACAGAGAAUUACAACCACACCAGCAGCUUGUGAAAAUGGCUAUUUUCCGAAUGGUGAAAAAUGCCAAGACUGUUUAAAAUUUCACUGCAAGAACGAGGCUUGUAAAUCUUUUUGUACCACGAUUAACAGUGGAUCACAAGAAGAUCAUUCAAAUAACCUAAUCAACAUUCCCAUAACAACGGUGAGGAAUGUCACAGCCUGCAAUGAAACCAUCAUCAAAGCUUGCUCGGGGUCUCCAGUGACCAGCUACCCACACAGCCUCUUUAGUGGAGAUUGGCAGAGCAUCAUGGCUCCUUUGAUUGCAACUGGAGACCCAAAAUUCGUGCAGGUGCUGCAGAAGGAGUCUUGGCCAGCACCUGUGCUCUACACGAUUAUCAGAGAAAUCCCUGUACAACGCUGGAAGGAGUUUCUGCGGCUUCUUUCCAUGACAGAUGAUCAGAUGGAACGGAUUGAACUGGAGACAGGCCCGUUCUAUCUAGAAAAGCAGUACCAAAUACUACGUCUGUGGAGCCAGAGCAGUGGAGCAAAGCUGGAGAAUAUCUACUCAACAUUACACUACAUGAACCUGUCAGGGUGUGCCCAGGAACUUCAAAACAAGCUAGAGCAACUGCAAGAGAGCAUGAAAACAGCCUCACCUUGACUUGAUCGCUUAUGUGUGAGAGCUGAAGCUGAAUUGUGGAAUCAUUUACAGAGAAUUCUGUAUUGCAGACGUUUGUGCUCUUGUUUAAUUGACAUGAAACUGUCAGUCGUAGUUAAAUAUUGCAUAAAGAUUGCACAAUGUUAAACAAAUCCAUAUUAUUUGGUUCUUGUUCACAGCCUUUGAGUUACCACUAUACUGUACAAAUGUGAAUAUUUAAAGAGCAAUUGAACCUUUCAUAUUUUAAUCUAAAAAAAUGCUAAAUAUUUAAUGUAUGUAUGGACUUAUAAAGGUACUCUACUGGUUUUCAGGAUAAACACUGGUGCUAGAAUAAACACAGGCACUAAAGAUAAUUAGUUCUGAGUCUAUUUUACAUUAAGUAUUAUUUCACACUCAU